AUGGCGGCGCAGGAGCCGCCGCGGCCGCCCCCGGGCAGCGCCGAGCCGCUGGAGCCGGAGCCCGGCGGGCGCUACGAGGCCGUGGUGCCGCACUGGUUCUACUGCAAGGUCACGGACACGCGGGAGCGCUGGGUGCCGUUCAGCGCGCAGGACUCGGAGCGCCUGGAGGCGGCGCACGGCGCAGGGGAGGAGCAGGCUGGCGUGGUGGUGCCCACCUCGGGGGGCAGGUACGACGUGCACCUGCGGGAGCGGCGGCGCGUGGCCGUGUACUGGGAGGAGGAGGCGGCCGAGGUGCGGCGCUGCACCUGGUUCUACAAGGGGGACAAGGACAACAAGUUCAUUCCCUACUCUGAGGCCUUCAGUGAGGAGCUGGAGGAAGCUUACAUGAUUGCCGUGACCCUGGGUGAGUGGAAGAAGAAGCUGGAGUCCCCCAACAGAGAAGUCAUCAUCCUGCACAACCCAAAGCUGAUGGUUCACUACCACCCCGUGGCCAGCUCUGACGACUGGGUCUCCACGCCCACGGAGCAAGGCCGGCCCCGCACUGUGAAGAGAGGAGUGGAGAACAUUGCUGUGGAGAUCCCCAAUGGAGAGCCCCUGCAGAUCGACCACCUGGUGUUCGUGGUGCACGGCAUCGGCCCCGCCUGCGACAUCCGAUUCCGCAGCAUCGUGCAGUGCGUGAACGAUUUCAGGAACGUGUCCCUCAGCAUGCUGCAGUCCCACUUCAGGAAGGCCCUGGAGCAGCAGCAGGUGGGCAGGGUGGAGUUCCUGCCUGUCAACUGGCACAGCUCCCUGCACUCCACGGGCGUGGAUGUCGACCUGGAGCGGAUCACGCUGCCCAGCAUCAACCGCCUGCGUCACUUCAUCAACGACACCAUCCUGGACGUGUUCUUCUACAACAGCUCCACCUAUUGCCAGACCAUCGUGGACACGGUGGCCUCGGAGAUGAACCGCCUGCACCGGCUCUUCCUGCAGAGGAACCCGCGCUUCAGCGGCGGCGUGUCCAUCGCGGGGCACAGCCUGGGGUCACUCAUUCUGUUUGAUCUCCUGACAAACCAGAAGGCUGAUCCUGAGGAGAAGGAGCGCUGUGUGCAGGUAGGGGAGGCCACUGCCCGCUCCUGCAGCUGCAUGGGGAUGGGGCAGAGGAGCCAAGAGGUGAGCACAAAGUGGUGUGAUCCCUCCUGGAUGUGUUCACAGGGCUCCAGGACAACCUCAAGCACGGGGGGUAUUGAGGAGGUAAAAGAAAUCCUGAAGAAGCUGGAGCUGUCUGAGUACUGUGAUGUUUUUGAGAAGGAGAAAAUGGACAGGCAAGCACUGCUCUUGUGCACAGAGAACAACCUGAAAGAAAUGGGAAUUCCCUUAGGGCCCAGAAUGAAAAUCCUCCAUUACAUCAGCUCCGAGACAGGGAUGAAGGGUGGGAGCUCUGAGCCAGGGUCCCCAUCCCAGCUCGGGGACAGCUCUGAGGAUGGCAGGAGCUGCCAGUACCGGGACGUUGGCUUGGGACAGGUGUCAGCAAACUACCCCCAGCUGGACUACAAGCCCAGCAUCUUCUUUGCCUUUGGCUCUCCCAUCGGGAUGUUCCUCACGGUGCGGGGAGUGAAGCGCAUCGACCCCAACUACAGCCUGCCCACCUGCAAGGGCUUCUUCAACAUCUUCCACCCCUUUGACCCCGUGGCGUAUCGGAUCGAGCCCAUGAUCGUGCCAGAGAUGGAGUUCGAGCCCAUGCUGCUGCCCCACCACAAGGGCAGGAAGAGGAUGCACCUGGAGCUGAAGGAAGGGCUGACCCGCAUGAGCGUGGACCUGAAGAACAACCUGCUGGGCUCCCUGAGGGUGGCCUGGCAGUCCUUCACCCGCUCCCCCGUGCUUGCCCUGGAGGCUGGCGGCUCUGAGGCUGAGGCAGAGGCGGAGGCUGGCACUGAGAAGCAGCCAGACACAAAGGCAGAGGAGCCCCCAGCAGCAGUGAAGGAGGAGAGCCCUCCCAUCAACGUGGGCAGGCUCAACGGGGGGAACCGCAUCGACUACGUGCUGCAGGAGAAGCCCAUAGAGAGCUUCAACGAGUAUCUGUUCGCACUCCAGGGGCAUCUCUGCUACUGGGAGUCAGAGGACACCGUGCUGCUGGUUCUGAAGGAGAUCUACCAGACACAAGGCAUCACACUGGACCAGCCUUUACCGGGGAGCCAGUGACCCACCCGUGCUCUUCUGGCUGUCCAGUCCCACAGAGCACUCACCAGGAAAGUCCAGAUCUCAUCUCUGCCUUCCUCUCUCCUCUGCUGCCGUGUCCUGCAUGCUGCUUCCUGGAGAUCAGGAUGGAUUUUCCUCCAUUUUGGCUAGGGGUAGGGGGAAAAACCAUCAAGGAAAAACCACUUCAGCUCCAACACACACACACACACACCACCUGUACAGUGACUCCCUGUGGCAACGUGUGCUUUCAGCCUGCACCCUGUGAGCCCCCACACCAGCAGACGAGCUGUCCGGGCUCAGAGCCCACACCUGGACACUCACAGCCUGGGACUUGAGGAGAAAAAGCCUUAAACACAGCGUGGGAAGAGCUGCAGCAGCCUUGGAGCAAGGGAGAUUGCUGAGUUUUGCUAACCCAAAAACACAAACCCCACCCCCAGCAGGGCACAGGAGGUGAAGCCCAGGGCACAGAGAACUGCUGAGCCAUGGGGGCUGGCCAGCAUCAUUGCUGCACUGCUGCUGCAUCCCUGGGCACCCCUGCUGCAUCUCUGGGCACCCCUGCACUGCUGCUGUAUCUCUGGGCACCCCUGCACUGCAGCCAGGUGCCCCUAAAGCACCCUGUGAGAGUGGCAUGGUCGUGCUGCUCCCUGCUGUGGGGUGCUGCUGGGGACAGCUCAGCACCCAAACCCAGCCCACCCUGACCCUCCCCAGUGCUGCUGGGGGCAGCUCAGCACCCAAACCCCCCCAUCCUGGACACCCAGACCUUUCCCACAGCCCUGAGCCAGCCAGUGCCCUGCUGUCCCUGCUCUGAGGAAAGUUUCAUCCUCCAGCUGGCAGUGCCAGCCCUCUGAGCCCUGCAGGGACACAGAGCAGUGUGAGCAGCAGCUGAGCACAGAGAUCUGUGCCCUCUCCACGCUCCCAUCCUGGUUUAGCUUUAAAUGUGCAAGAUGCAGCCAAGCAAAGGUGGAGCCCAGACCCAGCAGGGCGUGGGCACUGCAGGAAUGACACCAGCUCUGUGGGCAGCUCAGUCUGCACUGCCUUGAAGCUCUUUUUUCUGAGAGGGCAGGGCUGGAGAACCUCUGUGAUGCUUCCCUGGGGCUCCAGUGCUGUGUGAGGUGUUGCUGUGCAGCCUUUGGAGAGCCAAACCACUUUUCCCCUCCUGCUGACUUUUGCCCUGCAUGGGGUGAGGAGCCUUUUUCCCACCCCCCCAGAGCCUGUUGGUUUGUUUUUCCUCCAUUGUUCUGUUAUUUGCACUAUUGGAAGGGUUUUGUUUGCAGCCUCCAUCCCUCCUCCCCUCCCAAGGAACUGUACCUUGGUCAGCACCUGACUGGCUGAAGUCUCAUGGGAGCAGGAAAAGGGACAGUCUUAACGUGGGACACUAAUGAUCAGCUUUUUAAGUUAUGCACUUUGUUAAAAAAAAAAAAAAAAAGGAAGUUAAAUACAUUUUAAAUGUUAUUUAAUGUCUUUUCCAGUAAAAACCAAAAUAAACAAGUAGGUGAC